AUGGGUGUCACCGGGCUCUGGACAGUGGUUCAGCCCUGCGCUCGGCCGAUCAAACUCGAAACGCUGAACAAAAAACGCUUAGCCGUCGACGCGUCUAUAUGGAUCUACCAGUUCCUCAAAGCAGUGCGCGACAAGGAGGGAAAUGCGCUGCGCAAUUCGCACGUCGUGGGAUUCUUCCGCCGGAUAUGCAAGCUGCUUUAUUUUGGCAUCAAACCCGUUUUCGUCUUCGACGGAGGCGCACCGGUACUCAAACGACAGACGAUCGCAGGUCGCAAGAAAAGACGCGAGGGCCGGAGAGAAGAUGCUACACGGACGGCAGGGAAGCUGCUUGCGGUGCAGAUGCAACGAACGGCCGAAGAAGAAGCUGAACAGCGCCGUCGAAAUCGAGACCGCGUUCAGGAAACGGAGGAGGCUGUUCCUGAUGCGCCUAUCUACGCGGAUGAGAAUCUCAUGACUGAGCAGGAGAAGCAAAAAACACGCAAAUUCAAGAAAAAGGACGCUUAUCAUCUUCCGAAUUUGGAUGUUUCUUUGGAACAGAUGGGCGCUCCGAAUGAUCCACGGAUCAUGUCUCAAGAAGAACUGGAAGAAUACGCACGGCAGUUCCACCAAGGACAAGAUAUCAACCUCUACGAUUUUUCGAAAAUUGACUUCGAUAGUCCUUUCUUCCUCAGUCUUCCCGCAUCCGAUCGAUACAAUAUUUUGAAUGCCGCGAGACUCAGAAGCCGUAUGAGGAUGGGUUAUUCCCAGGAACAGCUGGAUAUCAUGUUUCCAAACCGCAUGGACUUUUCAAGAUUUCAAAUCGAGCGAGUUAAAGAGCGAAAUGACUUGACGCAACGGCUUAUGAACAUCAAUGGCAUGAAUGGAGAGGAGGCAUUCUACAAUUCCGGGCAACGAAUCGCUGGCGAGCGCGGCAGGGAAUAUGUCCUAGUCCAGGAUAGCGAGCACGCAGGCGGCUGGGUGCUGGGCGUUGUUGGUAACAAGAAUGAAGGGUAUGAGGACCGACCCAUUGAUGUGGAUAAAUACGAGUUGCCAGAAGUCUUGUCUGGAUCAGAAGGUUCGGACGACGAGGAGUUCGAAGACGUUCCGAUCGAAGGGCUCAAUAGGCUGCCAAAACUUCCACCUCGGAGAGAGGGUGUUUUCGACCAGUCGCUCCAUCAAGAGGAAGAGGAUGCGGACAUGCAAAGGGCACUUUUUGAAUCUCGCCAUAGCAGACGAGACUUUAUUGCAAAUGCUGAUGACGACGCCCUUUUCGUUCGAGAUGAAAAUAAUACCAAAGAGUUCUUUAAUGAUGAUGGAGAUGACGAUCUUGAAAGAGCGAUUGCUCUCUCCAUGCAACCAAACGAAGCACCCGACGAAGACAUGCCUGAUAUUAGCAUAAAUCGAGCAACCGACCCAAUAAUGGGCCAUGAGCCCAUGGCGGACCUCUCUGAGAGCGGUGACGACGGAAUGGACUUUUCAGCUGCGAUUGCACAGACGAAAGUUUCAAAGAAGCCGCAAGCUGCCAAUCCGUUCAGUGGCCCUCUUCCCUUCGAAUCCAUCACUCUCAACAAGUCGACUAAACCCGCACCGCCUGCUAAGGUUGAUGAAGACGCUGGAGGCUUUAUUAAGGAGCCUACGAAAAAGAACAAAACCGAUCCGCUGCCUCCGUGGUUUGUUGGCGAGCGAUUGAAUCAGGAAUUCAUUGUGGAUAGGCCUUCCGAUGAUCGAGAUGAUGCGGCAGAGCAUGAUCAUGUGGUUUUCUCGAAUCGGCGAGCGCCAGAGAUCAUUGAUGUGGACAGAGUGUCUGACACAAAAGAGGUUAUUGACAUAGACAAGCUCGAGGAAAAAGAAACGGAGACUAUGGCUCCCAUUGAAAUCAUUCCACAAAUGGAAGAGAUGAGCCCCGAAUCCAAAUCUCCGGAGGCUGAGGCUUUUGAGGAACUGCAGGGCAAAAAUUCUCCUCUUGAGGAACUUCCUGCUGAGUCUCCAUUCAAGAAUGAAGUGGAGUCUGAGGCUCAUUUACAGCCUCCCCAGGCCGAAUCCUCGCCAGAACCCGACUUCGAGGAUGUGAGCCAUGCACCAGCUCCCGGUCUGGACACUACGAUUUUAAUUGAUCAGCACAAUCCUCUCCCUGAACAGACGGAAGAGGCCAACGUCCAGAAACAGUCUUUCCACGUCGAGCCCUCUCCCGAGCCAGACUUUGAAGAUGUCCUGGCUCAAGCACCGGUACAGGCUCCAGAAAUCACAGUGGUCUCGGACCAACAUCCCAAGCCGCAAGUCAAGCCCACCCGCCCUGAUCAAAUUGUCGAAGACGAUGGCGAUUUCAGCGAUCCUGAAGAUGAAGACCUGAUGCAACAGCUCGCUGCCGAAAGUGAAGAACACGUUCGGUUCGCGCAGACCCUCAAUUCGGCAGCACCUAUUCAGGAUGCCUUUGACUACGAACAAGAGUUGAAACAGCUCCGAAAUCAGCAGCGAAAAGACCGGCGUGAUGCUGACGAGGUGACUCAGAUCAUGAUCAAUGAGUGCCAGCAGCUGCUUACGCUCUUCGGGUUGCCAUAUGUUACUGCGCCCAUGGAAGCUGAAGCACAAUGCGCCGAGCUCGUCUCCCUGGGUCUUGUGGACGGCAUUGUCACAGAUGAUAGCGAUAUCUUCCUCUUUGGAGGCACACGGGUCUACAAGAACAUGUUCAAUCAAAGCAAGUUCGUGGAAUGCUACCUAACGUCCGACUUUGAGAAGGAGUAUGCCCUUCACCAGCGCAAGCUCAUCAGCUUUGCACAUCUCCUGGGUAGCGAUUACACCGAAGGCAUCCCCGGCGUCGGACCCGUGACCGCGCUAGAAAUCAUCACCGAGUUCUCGAGUCUCGAGGAGUUUCGUGACUGGUGGGGAGACCUCCAAAUGGGCGUGAAUAAGGCCGACGACCCCCACCAAGCCUUUCGGAAGAAAUUUCGAAAGAAGGCAUCCAAGAUCUUCCUCUCCCCUUCCUUCCCUGAUACUCGAGUCGACGAUGCUUAUCUCGAGCCCGAGGUCGAUUCCGACCCGUCCCCGUUCCAAUGGGGCAUACCCGAUCUCAACGGACUGCGACAAUUCCUCAUGGCGACGAUCGGCUGGAGCCAGGAACGUACCGACGAGAUCCUGGUCCCUGUCAUCCGAGAUAUGAAUCGGCGGGAGCAGGAAGGCACGCAGUCGAAUAUCACACAGUUCAUGCAGGGACCCCAGGGUGCCGGAGCUUUUGCGCCCCGUGUCCGAGGCAGUGGACCCAGUCGCAUGGAGCAGGCGUUCAACCGACUGCAGCAACAAGCUCAAGGGGCCGAUCGGUCAGAGGCCGAAGAAGGUUCCGGAUCGAGGGGUAAACGAGGGGCAUCGAAAGGCAGUGCCAAGGGCACGAACAAGAAGCGCAGGACAUGA